GGGUUACUCCCCCUCAACACGUCAUCCCUUUCCCUUUCUACCUCUUAGUAUCCAACUUUAGUUUCUUAAUUCCCUACCAAAAUGGUUGUCGGUUCUUGCAUCGAUGAAAUUACCGUCAACGUUUCCAAAUCAAGGCUUUGGAAGGGAGCGAUCUGUGAUGCACAUAUUUUGUACCCUAAGCUCUUGCCUGAAAUUUUCGCCAAGUACGAACGUGUUGGAAAAGGAGUUGGCUCUAUUAACAUUCUUCACUUUGCUCCAGCUUCCAAAAUGCCAAUAGGAAGUGUCAGCAAGAUGAAGGUAGAGAUAUUCGAUGAGGCAACAUACUCGACUAAGUAUUCGGUAAUCGAAGGAGGCUUUGUCGGCGUGUAUUUUAAAUCGGUUAGUUAUGAGAGCACAUUUGAAGCAACGGGCCCCAACACUUGCGUUGCAAAGAUCAAGAUCGUGUAUGAAACACUUGAAGAUAAGCCUCUUAGCGAAGAAGAGUUAAACGCCGUUAGAGGUGGAUCAACCCAGGGGCUAAAGGCCAUCGAAGCAUAUUUGAUUGCCAACCCCGAUGUCUAUGCAUAAAUCCCUAUGUUUUGCAUCCAAAAGUACUUGUUUUCCAUCCUCGACUUUUAUGACAAGUCUAUAUCUAUCGUGCAUCCGAUAGUCGUGUGUCAUUAAUGAAUGAUGGUUUAUAUAGAAUGCAUCAAUAAAGGAUGAUGUUUGUGCACUUGUUCGUGUAGGGAAAUGGUACACAAUUUUCCAUCUUUUGUCUCGUUGUAUUAAUCGUUAUAAAAAAAAUGAUGGGACAUUUUCAUUA